AGUAAUUUUUGGUUUAGACUUUCGAUGCAACUGUUGGCAAGUGCCAACAUUUGACAAUUUGUGUCAUAACCUCAAAAAAUACAAAUUUUUCGGCGUCCACAGUGCAAACAAAUCCGCCUUAAUGAAACAAAAGGACAAACGUGGUACCAUGUCGGAUGAGGACAUUAUCAAAAGAAAGUUACUCAUAGACGGUGACGGAACCGGCGACGAUCGCAGGCUCAACGUAAUAGCAAAAACUCUUCGAAAAUGGGCAAAUUCCACCGAAGACUCCCCCUUAGAGAACCAAGCAACCCACGACAAACUACUAGCACAAUUAAGCCUUUGUGAAUACUCAGUCAGGAGAUCCCAACUCCUCACAAGAACCACAUCGCGUCAGCUUGAAAACUACAAAAAAAUUUACGACAAAUUUGAACAGCAAAUCAGCGAAGUAAAAGACUCAAUCAAACAAAACAAAGACAACUUAGUACAAGCCAAAAUAUGGAAACAAAACCACAUGAUGUACGAUUUGUUGGCACAAAGUAUUGCCGAACAGCCAGCACGCAAGGAAACAAACGAACGCCUUUCGAACUUACAAGCGGAACUGAAAGAGUUGCACAAGGAAAAGGAGCUGCUGGAGCAGAAACUGGACAUGAGGAGAAAACAAUUUCACGUGCUGGUGUCCAGCGCCAGCAAAUUACAAGCAAUGUUGGAGGAGUCAAACGAAUAUUGCCAUAACGACAGUCUACUUGAGGAUGUGGCGGACAGCACAGGCCCUGAACCCAUGUCUGAAUAAUUUAAGUUGGUAAAAGUGACAAUUACCACGGUUACUUAAUUUAUGUUAGAAAAUCUGACAGUUACCAUGGUUACAUGUCAUCAGCUAUGUUAUUUUAGGCGAAUAAAAGCAAGUACAAAAAUUA